CAGCGUGUUUUUGUCAUGGGGAGGAUUUGAAAAUGACAGCAAAUUGACUGAUGGAAGAAAGUAUAGGGACUAAUGCUGCAAUUUUAUAAACAUACAACAAGCAUAGAGCAUAGGUUCCAUAGGAUUUGAAGACACAAACUUUAAAGGUUAAAGCUGUAAGUUGUGAUUUCUUCACAAAUGUAUUUGGGGAUGAUGGCAGGAGGACAUCAUAGGGGUUGGGGAAUGAUAGAAGAUGAGGCAUGGAGAAAGGGACCUUGGACUGCUGAGGAAGAUGGAUUGCUCAUUGAGCAUGUGAGGCUUCAUGGUGAAGGCAGAUGGAACUCUCUGGCUAGGCUUGCAGGGCUGAAAAGGAAUGGAAAGAGCUGCAGAUUGAGGUGGGUGAACUAUUUGAGGCCAGAACUUAAGAGGGGGCACAUAACUCCUCAUGAAGAAAGCAUCAUUCUAGAUCUACAUGCUAGAUGGGGAAACAGGUGGUCGACAAUUGCACGAAGUUUGCCUGGAAGGACUGACAAUGAGAUCAAGAACUACUGGAGGACUCAUUUCAAGAAAAGGGUAAAAGCGCCUUCUGAUGCCUCCGAAGGGGCCAAAACCCGCCUCUUAAGGAGACAAAAAUCCCAUAAUCAGCAGCAACAACAACAAAAUUUGCAAGUGGAUCAAGAAGUGAAAAGAAUCAUGUCCUUAUUGGACGAAAAUGAGACUAAACUGCCGUUAUAUUGGCCUCACGCAGCUGAUCAUCAUCAGGAGCAAGGCUUCUUCUAUUCCAUGCUCGAUGGCAAUAUUGUCAAUGUGUCUUUGCCUGAAGCUGCCUCCAGCAAUGAGGACAAUUUUCUGUGGGAUGGUUUGUGGAACUUAAAUGAUGUACAUGCAAACUUUAUUAACACCACCAGGCAAAGCUAGUUUUCACAACUAGGGUUUUUCCACUUCUGUCAAAUAAGGGUUAAGUUGGUGUUGGCAUGCUGCAUCACAAUUUUGAUUAAUCGGAAGUUGUUUAAUUUAACUGGUUUUAGCUUCAA